AGGUAAAAUUACAAUAUGUUUAGACUAUGUAUUUAGAGCAAGUCAACAUUUUUGAAUGUUAAAUGCAAAAAAAAUUAAGCCUUAAUACCAAUUUCAUAUUGUCAUAUGCAUACUAACUAUAUACAUGUUAUUUAUAACAGAAUAUCAAAAUAUGGCAUAACAUGACUACUCUCCACAUUACACAGAUAUGUAUUGAGAAAUGGCAAUGCAUCACUAAUGUCUGGUAAAGACUGGGGAAUACACAUACAAAGCAACAUUCACAAUAGUUUGACAAGCAUUUCAUCCUUUACACAUAAAACUUUUGCUGAUAUUUAACUAAAGUACCGACGUUAUCAAUAUUUGAUACGUGUAAUGUAAAUAAAAUUAAUACGAUAUUAAAAAACAAAAGAGUUAGUGAGCAAAAAUACGUGAUAAUGUCAUCGGCUACGGUAAGAAAUGUGCCACUACUUGAUGAUGAUACGAUACCUUUUGGUGAAGAGACUGAAAUGCAAGAUCCAAAUGUUGCAACGAAGAAAUAUACGCACCCGUAUGUCACCUUCUUUCAUUUGUUCUUCCGAGUUGCCGCUAUUGUUAUUUACAUGUUCUGUGGUUGGUUUAGCGAUUCAUUUAUAACAAGUUUCGUUUUUGUUGUGCUAUUUUUGUCUGCGGAUUUUUGGACUGUCAAAAAUAUUACAGGGAGGCUUUUGGUAGGCUUAAGAUGGUGGAACUACGUAGACGAGGAAGGUAUCUCACAUUGGGUAUUUGAGUCAAAAAAGUCUAAAAUUAAUAAUAAUGAGGCACGAUUGUUUUGGUUAGGCUUAAUAAUGUGCCCCGUGUUCUGGAGCUUGUUUUUUAUUAUUGCUUUAUUCGGAUUAAAGUUUAAGUGGCUUUUACUCGUAAUGAUAGCAUUAGCACUUAAUGGUGCAAAUUUGUACGGGUAUGUGAAGUGUAAUUUUGGGGCAAGUAAAGAUCUCAAUUCAGCAGCAAGCGACUUCGUGAAAACACAAAUUUUUAAAAACGCAGUCAACAUAAUUACAAAACCCAACCCUCAACCGACUACAGCAAGUGCAACUAAUGUGGUUUAAAAGUUGAUUACAGCAAUUUACGUUAUUAGUAUAUUAUGUAUAUACAUUAAAAACUAUUAC